GUAAACAUGGCUCCCGCAUCACAUCGCCCUCGCAAGAAGAGAAGAGAAGACCAGGUCUCCGGUCCUCGCAGCAAUGCCCUGAUCAUCACAGAUGGCGAGACGAAACAACAGAAGCCAGCUNUUCCCCUAGUAUCUUUCUUACUGCCUGCAAAGGGGACAGUGUCGCAAUGGGUUGUGAUGCCGCUCAUCCUCAUGGCUGGCUUCUCAGGUGGGCUACUGGCUUCUGGGGAUAUUCUGNGUCUCGAUAAACCUCCUAUGCAUGGCGACUUCGAGGCACAGCGUCACUGGAUGGAGCUGACCAACCAUUUGCCUGUCUCACACUGGUAUUUCCAUGACCUGCAAUGGUGGGGUCUGGACUAUCCUCCAUUGACAGCGUACCAUAGCUGGGCACUUGGUAAAAGCUCUCGAGGUCUCGACGAUCCCGAUUUGAAGAUAUUCAUGCGUGCUACAGUCAUUAUCUCAGAAUACCUCAUCUUGGUGCCUGCGGCAGUCAUCUUCAUCCGUCACAUGAGCAAACUCUGCGGAAUCACGACAUGGGAGUCUUCAGUUGCCCUCACGGCUGUACUAAUGCAGCCAGCAACAAUGCUCAUCGACCAUGGACACUUUCAGUACAACACUGUCAUGCUUGGCUUGAUGCUUGCAUCCAUGUCAAGUAUGCUCGCAGGCCGCCAUUUGUGGAGUUGUGUCUACUUUGUCGCUGCGCUCGGCUUCAAGCAAAUGGCACUGUUCUAUGCGCCGGCCGUGUUCGCUUACCUACUGGGUAUCUGUGUGUUCCCGCGUAUCAACAUUGGUAGGCUGCUGAGCAUAGCUGUCAUUACCAUUGUCUCCUUUGCAGCUCUUUUCUUGCCAUUCCUUCUCGGCGUGGCUUACGAUUCGUGGAAGGGAGUGUUUUUGCCAUUCGAUGCACAAGCUCCGCCACUACUCGAGAACCUUCCGGUUCAGAUCUCGACCAAGGCAUGGUACUAUCCGCUUGUCUUCCAGCUUGCACAAUCUAUUCAUCGUAUCUUCCCCUUCUCACGCGGACUCUUCGAGGACAAGGUGGCAAACAUCUGGUGUGCUGUACAUGCAUCUGGAGUGCACAAGCUUCACAAGUACGACUCGAGUCUUCUGUCUAGGGCAGCACUUGGGCUGACCAGCCUGUCAAUUCUCCCACCAUGCAUGGUUAUCUUCUUCAAGCCGAAGAAGGAGCUCGUACCAUGGGCAUUGGCAACUACAGCGUGGNGGUUCUUCCUUUGCAGCUAUCAAGUGCACGAGAAGAAUGUUCUGCUGCCUUUGUUGCCAAUGACUAUGCUCAUGGCUGGACAUGGCGGUCUGAGACCCGAUCUGCGGGCAUGGAUUGGAUUUGCCAACACGUUGGCUUGCUGGACUAUGUUCCCUCUGCUCAAGAGGGACGAACUCAGGAUCCCUUAUUUCGUCUUGACUCUUCUUUGGGCAUACCUCAUGGGUCUUCCGCCUGCAUCGCUGUCGGCCUACUUUGGGGAGCAAGGUGUCUGGCUGUCGCUUCCUGUCAAAGCGGUGCAUCUUCUGUUCUACUUAGCAAUGAUGGGCUGGCAUGUUGCUGAGACAUUCGUGCAGGCACCUGCCAACAUGCCUGAUCUAUGGGUCGUCGGCAAUGUCUGUGUCGGUGCUGCAGGAUUUGGCUUGUGCUAUCUUUGGUGUCUGUGGCACCUGGUAGCAGAAAGCGGAUUCUUGCAGCUUGGCAAGUCAACAGAUGACAAGCAGAAGAUGUUGUGA